AUUGGUUGGUGGUCCUGAAUUUCUCCAUUUAACUUGUUUUGGAAGUUUGUCAGCCGACUUUGGUUUCUGCCUUUUCACACAACUUAAAUGAGGAACAUAAAACUUCUGGAUUCUCAUUACUAGGAAUAACUAAUGAUGUUUAACUAAAAUGUUCUUCCUUAGUAAACGAUGUAAUCAUAUAGGGUUUGCUUGAUAAAUUCUUGGUAAUUAUUUGAGAGAAGAAAAUGAGGAAAGCAAACUAUCGUAGUUCAGAAGGCCUAGUUUCAUCAGUACCAUCACAGAAUAUGGAAAGAACAACCCCUGUUGUCUAUUUCCAAUGCUUUAUUUUCCUUCUCAUGAAGGUUGUGUUGUUAUCGAAAACAGUGAUAGCAGAACCAAGGGCCAAGACUGUCAAUAUAACAUGUGGCUACAAGUUAGAGCACAACUCCACUAUCUUUGUUCCAAAUUUUGUUGCAACGAUGGAGAAGAUCAGUGAACAGAUGAGAAUCACUGGUUAUGGCACAGCAGUUGUAGGGACAGGAGGACCUGACACUAACUACGGGUUGGCUCAGUGCUAUGGUGAUCUCUCAUUACUUGACUGUGUUUUAUGUUAUGCCGAGGCACGUACGGUUCUUCCCCAAUGCUUCCCUUACAAUGGUGGUCGCAUAUACCUUGAUGGUUGCUUCAUGAGGGCUGAAAACUACAGCUUCUUUGAUGAGUACACAGGCCCAGGAGACAAGGCUGUUUGUGGAAAUACAACAAGGAAGAACACAAGUUUUCAAGCAGCAGCGAAGAAGGCUGUUAUGACUGCAGUUCAAGCGGCACCAAACAAUAAAGGGUAUGCUAGGACGGAGGUUGCUGUAGCAGGAACAGCAAAUGACUCAGCUUAUGUUCUGGCUAAUUGUUGGAGGAGCUUGGACGCAAAGUCUUGCAGAGCUUGUCUUGAGAAUGCAUCUUCUUCAAUAUUGGGGUGCCUUCCCUGGUCAGGAGGGCGAGCACUUAACACUGGAUGCUUCAUGAGGUACUCAGACACAGAUUUUCUUAACAAGGAAGAGGAAAAUGGGAGUUCAGGAGAUAAUGUAUUAGUGAUAGUGAUUGCAGUAGUCAGUUCAACUAUUGUUUUGGUAGUUGGAGUAUCCCUUCUGGUUUAUAUCCGCAAACACAGAUACGUUCAAAUGAAACGAAGAGGUUCAAAUGAUGCAGAAAAGUUAGCCAAAAGCCUUCACCGCAACAGCUUGAACUUCAAAUACUCUACACUGGAGAAGGCUACUAAUUCUUUUGAUGAAGCUAACAAGCUUGGUCAAGGAGGAUUUGGAGCGGUUUAUAGAGGAGUUCUGCCUGAUGGAAGAGAGAUUGCUAUCAAGAGAUUAUAUUUCAACAACAGGCAUAGAGCAGCUGAUUUCUACAAUGAAGUUAACAUAAUUAGUAGUGUGGAACACAAAAAUCUUGUCAGACUCUUAGGAUGCAGUUGUUCAGGACCUGAAAGUUUUCUUAUAUAUGAAUAUCUAGCUAAUAGGAGUCUUGAUCGCUUCAUAUUUGAUCAAAACAAGGGUAGAGAACUAAACUGGGAGAAGAGAUAUGACAUUAUCAUCGGGACAGCUGAAGGAUUGGUUUACCUUCAUGAGAACUCCAAUAUUAGAAUAAUCCACAGAGAUAUAAAAGCCAGCAACAUCUUAUUGGAUGCAAAGCUUCGCGCUAAAAUUGCUGAUUUUGGUUUGGCUAGGUCAUUUGAAGAUGACAAGAGCCACAUUAGCACAGCUAUUGCUGGAACUUUAGGUUAUAUGGCUCCAGAGUACCUAGCACACGGUCAGUUAACAGAGAAAGCAGACGUAUAUAGCUUUGGGGUGUUACUGUUAGAAAUAAUUACUGGGAGACAGAAUAACAGGAGCAAAGCAUCAGAAUAUUCAGACAGCCUAGUAAUAAUGACAUGGAAGCAUUUUCAAUCAGGGAGUGCAGAAGAAUUAAUUGAUCAAUAUCUGUUGUUGGAUGAGAAGCAUAGAAGCAAUGUUAAGAAUGAUAUUCUAAGAGUGGUGCAGAUAGGACUUCUAUGCACCCAAGAAAUGUGUUCCUUGCGACCAUGUAUGUCAAAGGCACUAAAGAUGCUAACAAAGAAGGAGGAGCAUAUGGAAGUACCCUCCAAUCCACCCUUCAUAGAUGAAAGUACCAUGGAACUCUAUCACCAAAAUGAUGACCCAUAUUAUCCUCUCAAUGUACCAGAUUCAUUGGCCACUAUUUCCCACAGCUCAUUUUAUCCGAGGUAACUAAUGAAUAGAGACAAAAACACACUACAUAUAUGCCUGCUCAUAACAUUCAUUUCUCCAUGCCAAAUAGCUUAGCCAAGCUGAAGCUUAUGCCAUGGAGCUUUCUACCAAUGUAUUUGAAAUUUUGAAUAGUUACUAUUUCAAGUUCAUGCCUGCACACAAGAUGAACAAUGCAUUUUUUUUCCGGCUUUGUUCAUGAAUAAUCUUUUCCAGGUAUGAUUUUGAGAUUGUAGAAAAAUGUAUUAUAGUAAAAUUCAUUACAAGGUACAAUUUAUCUGUGUUAGCUUUUCAAAAUGUGAUUUUAUGUUACUCGCCACUGUAACUCGGUAGAUAAAUCAUAUCAAG